AUGGCUCUCUCAAUUGACGAAGACUUUUCACGACGCUCUGAUGCUAAAACUAUUGAGCAAAGCUCCCUUCCGGGUAAAAAAGCUGGCUGCCACCAAACCCAGCAUCAUGAGGUUGUUUUGUACCCCAUACACAAUUACUUUGAGGUUGCGCUCCUAACACCCAUGGAGGCACGACGUCUCACAGUGAUUUUAUACCGAGGUGGCUAUCCUCUCCAU